AUGAGGGCUGGCGGAGCAGUGCUGUGGAGAGGGCCAUCGCCGCUGGCCGGCCUUAGGAACGCCAUGCCUGUGGGGAUGAUUAGACAGAUUUACACUAAGCUAUUUAAAGACAAAGCAACGUUAAUUAAACUGACAAGUAAUUGAGAUUAAUCAGUGAUCCUUCAGACGCUAAAUGGAGAAAAAGACAGCAGAAGUCUGGCCAGAGAUGAGAAGAAAAACGACCAUACUAUUCUGAAUGUAACUAUAUUUUAUAAUCUAUCAAACGUAGUUAGCACCUACUGGCAUUUUACUAUACAACUUUAUAAAAUAACAUUGCUUCACGUGGUGCUCAACCGUUACCCUCAGGGCAUUGCUUUUACUUGCUUUGAGAAUGUGUUUAUUGGUCAAUCCAAAAUCUACAGCUACCUGAACCCUAACAAAACUCCUGGUGCUCGCCCCCCGCUUCAAGAAGAAAACUCUGUCAUGUAUCACGAGGUGAAAUGUCAGGGCAAAACACUAAAUGAAACCUACAGGAAAGGAGAUGAAAAAAAGAAUGGUGGCAAUAUAAUUGAAGGUGCUAUGAAAUCAGAAGACCAGAAAGAUAAAGAAGGUGGGUGCAAUGCUUCGGUGCCCUUCUCUGAUCAAAAGCAAGAAACUGUAGAAACUCAAAAGAUGCCUCUGCCCUCAGACUGUGCUGAUGAGGCCAAUGCAAAGCCAGCUCAGAAAAAGAUGGUUAAAGCAAAACGUGGACCAAGGAGAAAAAUGCAAGGAAGAACACCAAAUCGGAAAGUGACAGAUUAUUACCCAGUUAGAAGAAGUUCCAGGAAGAGCAAAUCUGAAUUGGAGACUGAGGAGAGGAGGAAAAUAGAUGAGCUAAUUGCAAGUGGGAAAGAAGAAGGAAUGAAGAUUGAUUACAUCGAUGGUAAAGGGAGAGGAGUAAUCGCUACUAAACACUUUAAUCGAGGAGAAUUUGUAGUUGAAUAUCAUGGGGAUCUCAUAGAGAUCACUGAUGCUAAAAAGCGAGAAGCUGUGUAUGCUCAAGAUCCAUCCACAGGCUGCUAUAUGUACUAUUUUCAGUACCUCAGCAAAACGUACUGUGUUGAUGCUACAAAAGAAACGAAUCGUCUGGGAAGACUGAUUAAUCACAGCAAAUGUGGCAAUUGUCAAACAAAGCUUCAUGACAUUGAUGGUGUGCCUCAUCUCAUACUGAUAGCUUCCAGAGACAUUAAAGCGGGUGAAGAACUGUUGUAUGACUAUGGAGACAGAAGCAAAGCUUCCAUUGAAGCUCAUCCAUGGCUGAAACACUAA